AUGUUGCGAUCGCUGGUUUCCCGCGCCUCCAGCCGGACGGUGGCGCCCUGGUUGACGAGGACGGUAAAGCCGGUUGCUGCACGACCUGCGGUUGCGACGAGGUCUCUUGCCACAGUAGUUGGUGGUGAACGGGAACCCACAGAGUUAGACAACAUUACCCGACUUCCAAAUGGCCUCCGCGUCGCCUCCGAAGCGCUCCCAGGCUCCUUCUCCGGCGUGGGCGUCUACAUCGAUGCCGGCUCGCGAUUCGAAGACGAAUCCCUCCGCGGCGUAAGCCACAUAAUGGACCGACUAGCCUUCAAGUCGACAUCGAAGCACAGCGCCGACGAGGUCCUCGAGCAGAUCGAGAUGCUUGGCGGAAACAUCCAGUGCGCCUCGAGCCGCGAAGCCAUGAUGUACCAGGCCGCCACGUUCAACUCGGCCGUCCCCUCCGCGCUGGCCGUGCUCGCCGAGACGAUACGCGAUCCGCAGAUUACCGAGGACGAAGUGGCGGACCAGCUGGACACGGCGGCGUACGAGCUGCAGGAGAUCUGGGCGAAGCCUGAGAUGAUCCUUCCGGAGCUGGUGCACACGGCGGCAUAUAAGGAUAAUACGCUGGGGAACCCGCUGCUGUGUCCCAAGGAGAGGCUGGAUCAGAUUAAUGUUGCGACUGUGCAGAAGUACCGUGAGCUGUUUUAUAGGCCGGAGAGGAUGGUUGUUGCGUUUGCUGGCGUGGAUCACUCGACUGCUGUUAAGCUUGCGGAGCAAUACUUUGGUGAUAUGAAGUCGACAGAAGACCCGGUCUUGUCGAGGACGGGGUCGGAGACGUCCCUGGACUCAUUGAGUUCCCAGAACAGCUUCUCGUCCUCCUCGUCCUGGUCAUCGUCAGGAUCCUCCCAGGUCUCCGGAGGAGCCAUGGCCGCCAUGAAAUCUCCCGCCAGCCUCCUCUCCAAAGUCCCCUUCUUCAAGAACCUCUCCACUUCUGCCCCCACCAUGGCCUCCAUCCUCAACACCACUCCAUCCCAAGACAUUUUCCGCGCCGCCCAAUAUACGGGCGGCUUCCUCGCCCUGCCCCCCUUACCUCCUUCGCCUAACCCCGCUCUGCCCAACUUCUCCCACAUCCACCUCGCCUUCGAGGGUCUACCCAUCGUAUCCGAAGAUAUCUACGCCCUCGCGACACUACAGUUCCUCCUUGGCGGCGGCGGCUCCUUCUCGGCCGGCGGACCCGGUAAGGGCAUGUACUCCCGCCUCUACACGAACGUGCUCAACCAGCACGCCUGGGUAGAAUCCUGCAUCGCCUUCAACCACACCUACACCGACUCGGGCCUCUUCGGCAUUUCCGCCUCGUGCAUCCCCGGCCGGACGGCCUCAAUGCUCGACGUCAUGUGUAGGGAGCUCCGGUCCCUCACCCUCGACUCGGGCUUCUCGGCCCUCAAUGAGACGGAGGUCUCUCGCGCCAAGCACCAGCUCCGGUCUAGUCUGCUCAUGAACCUCGAGAGCAGGAUGGUCGAGCUCGAGGACUUGGGCCGACAGGUCCAGAUUCAUGGGCGGAAGAUCCCCGUUGCUGAUAUGUGCGAGAAGAUUGAUAGGUUGACCGUGCAGGAUCUUAGGAGGGUGGCGAGGAAUGUGUUUGGUGGGUUGGUUGAGGGUUCGGGUUCUGGUGCGCCUACUGUUGUGUUGCAGGAGUCGCAGCCUGUUGGGCUUGCGAGCUGGAGUCAGAUUCAGGAGAUGAUUUACGGCUGGGGUCUUGGGAAGAGGUGA